AUGGUAGCUUUUUCAAAGCCAAUUAAUGAGUUACCUUCGGCCAUACAGGCAGUUCUUAAUUCAAAUUCUAAUAAUGGCAACUCACGAAUUAAUAAUAAAACAAAAGUAGCAGUUUCGAUAGCUGCUGUAUCAAUCGCUGCAUACAUCACGAAUUAUUUUUAUAAGAAACAGGCUGAGACAGCUCAAGCCAGACCUUCUUUUGCACGAGCUACUAGUAGCAAAGCUGAUUUAUAUGAUGGUCCCGUUCCUGGAAAUCAUAAAUAUACUUUGACUGUUCCUUAUAAGAAUCGUACCGCAAAAGUUACUAUUCGUCCGACUCCACCUGAAACUUUUAAAAAACAUAAAAAACUUUUUACUCCUUCUGAUAAUGGUAAUCAAAGGGUUGGUGUAAACAAGAUAUUUUUUGGACAACUAUCUGCCAUUUUUAAAAUAAUACUCCCAAAAGUUCGUUCAAAGGAAGUUAUUAUCUUGUUAUUACAUUCCAUAUUUUUGGUUUUAAGGUCAUGGUUAAGUAUAGUAGUAGCAAGACUGGAUGGGCGAAUUGUUAGAGAUUUGGUCGCAGCAAACGGUAAAGAAUUCCUUAAGGGAAUCGCAUAUUGGUUUCUCAUCGCUAUCCCUGCCACAUACACCAACAGCAUGAUCCGAUUUUUCCAAUCAAAAUUGUCUAUCGCUUUUCGAACGCGAUUGACAAGAUAUGCAAAUGAUCUUUAUUUGAAUGAUCAAAAUGCUUAUUACAAAGCUAUUAACUUAGAUAAUAGGAUUGAAGGAGCAGACCAGUUUAUUACAACCGAUAUUGCGCGAUUUUGUGAUGGACUUGCUUCAUUGUAUUCAAAUCUGGGUAAACCAGUAUUGGAUACAGUUAUCUUUAAUUAUCAAUUAACAAAGAGUAUUGGUUUACUUGGAAUGUUGGGUUUAUUUGGAAAUUAUUUAGUAACAGCCUGGAUUCUAAGAAAAGUUACGCCAGCUUUUGGAAAGUUAGCAGCCAUUGAAGCGAAAUUGGAGGGAGAUUUUCGUGCAGCACACACUCGUUUAAUCACAAAUGCCGAAGAAAUUGCUUUUUAUCAUGGAGCUGAAUUAGAGCAUUCCAUUUUAGAACGCACAUAUAUUCGAUUAGUAAAACAUAUAAAUUCCAUUUUCAAAAUACGAAUUGCAUACAACAUGUUUGAAGAUUUUGUAAUUAAAUAUUGUUGGAGCGCUAUUGGACUUUUAGUGUGUGGCUCUAAAAAUCAUGGUAAAGAAAGAGAUCGUACUAAAGGCUUCAUUACAAAUAAGAGACUUAUGAUAACACUUGCCGAUGCUGGUGGUCGUAUGAUGUAUUCAUAUAAAGAACUUGCAGAACUUGCAGGUUAUACUUCCAGAGUCUACAAUUUGCUUUCAGUCCUUCAUUCUUUGUAUGCUAGCGAGUAUGUUGCUACACCUCGCCCAGCAUCAUUCCCUGAAGAUCAAGAAUUCUAUUCACUUGAUGAUAUUCGCGGAGAAGUUGUAUAUGGCUACAAUGGUAUCAAAUUCGAAGGAGUUCCCAUUGUCACACCAAAUCCAGGAAACUCGAGGGGCGGAGAUGAAUUAAUAAAAGGAUUGAAUAUAGUAAUAAAUCCUGGUGAGCAUUUGUUGGUCACUGGACCUAAUGGAGUUGGAAAGACGAGCAUUGCAAGAGUUAUUUCUAAACUAUGGCCUGUUUUCCGUGGUGUACUUUCACGUCCAAAUGUUGGAGAUAUUUUCUAUAUUCCUCAACGUCCAUAUCUCAGCAUAGGCACUCUUCGUGAUCAAAUAAUUUAUCCACAUUCUUAUAUGGACAUGAUUCGUGCCAAUCGAACAGAUGAGGAAUUAAUGGGUAUAUUACAUACCGUUCAUUUGGCUUAUAUUCCAGAACGUGAAGGUGGAUGGGAGACCAAGAAAGAAUGGAAAGAUGUUUUUUCUGGCGGUGAAAAGCAAAGGGUUGGUAUGGCAAGACUUUUCUACCAUAAUCCUCAAUUUGCGAUCCUUGAUGAAUGUACAAGUGCUGUUAGUUCUGAUGUUGAAGGAUUAAUGUAUCAACAUGCAAAGGACGUUGGUAUCACUCUUGUUACCAUAUCUCAUCGACCAUCUUUAUUCAAAUACCAUACACAUCUUUUACUUCUUAGUGGAGAUGAAGGUUCAUGGAAAUUUGAGACAAUUGGUACAAAAGAAGAGCGUAUGUCUUUAGAUAAUGAAGUUGCAGCAUUAGAAUCUAAGUUAAAAGAUGUAGAAUCUGAUAAAGCUAGAAUUGAAGAAAUUAAUAAGGAAUUACAAUUAGGAAUAUCAAAAGAUAAUACUAGUAACGUACAAAAACGUGGAUUAGUUGUAUAA